AGCCGCCAAUGACGGCGCGGGACCGGGAGGUAAACAUGCCCACGGUGGCCUCCUCCUCCUCCGCCUGAGAGACACCGCCAAACACGCCACGGGGCGAAAGAAGCGGACCGCCAGUGAGUUGGGCAGCGCGGCGCGCUUUUCCUGCCCUGGUUGCUCUCUCCUCGGGACGGGGAAGCAGUUCACUUCCCGGACGGACAUCCCUCGGAAAGGGAGACCCUCCUUCCCUCCCUUCUUCUUCCCUGAGGCUCGACGGGCGCCUCCCUCCUCUCUCUUCGGGACUUGAGAGGGCACUUGCCCUCCGGCUGUUGUUUCCCAGAGUGCGCGAAGGAGCCCUGCUUCGGGGCGGGAUGUCCCCGCCGCCGCCUUUCCCUCCGCGCUUCCACCGGGGAGAAGGCGCCCAGCCGUAGAGGAGAGAGGAUAUCCUGGUGCAGUUUUAAAGGAGAGUAAUUCUCAUUUCUGGAAGAAAAGAAAAGUUAGUCAACUCCAUGGAAGACACUCAGGAUUUAAAUGAACAGACAGUGAAGAAAACGUGCACAGAUUUGGAUGUUUCAGAAUCCCAGAAUUCCAGAUCUAUGGAAAUGCAGGAUCUAGGAAGCCCUCACAAUCUUGUAGGAAACAGUGAAACACCGGGUACUUCUAAGCUGGACAAAUCUAACCUUAGUAGUACAUCUGUUACAACAAAUGGGACAAGUGGAGACAACAUGACUGUUUUAAACACUGCAGACUGGUUGCUGAGUUGUAGCACUCCUUCUUCUGCAACAAUGUCUCUUCUUGCAGUCAAAACAGAGCCUAUGAAUACCAGUGAAUCAACAACAACAACAAGUGGAGAUGGAUCUCUGGACACAUUUACUGGAUCAGUUAUAACAAGUAGUGGCUACAGUCCAAGAUCAUCACAUCAGUACUCAACACAGCUGUAUCCCUCCAAGCCCUAUCCACAUAUUCUGUCUACUCCAGCAGCUCAAACAAUGUCUGGCUAUGCUGGUCAGACCCAAUAUUCAGGAAUGCAGCAGCCCGCAGUAUAUACAGCGUAUUCACAGACUGGGCAACCUUACAGUUUACCUACUUAUGAUUUGGGUGUAAUGUUGCCAGGCAUCAAGACGGAAAGCGGACUUUCACAAACACAAUCACCCUUGCAGACUGGGUGCCUUAGUUAUAGCCCAGGAUUCUCCACACCACAGCCAGGCCAAACACCAUACUCAUACCAAAUGCCAGGUUCUAGUUUUACACCAUCAUCCUCUAUUUAUGCAAACAAUUCAGUCUCAAAUUCUACAAACUUCAGUAGUUCACAACAGGAAUACCCAUCAUAUACAACUUUUGGCCAAAAUCAAUAUCCACAGUAUUAUUCACCAUCAACAUAUGGAGCUUAUAUGACCUCAAACAACACUACAGAUGGUACCUCUUCAUCCUCAUCAACAUACCAGCUUCAGGAAUCUCUCCCUGGACUAACUAGUCAACCAGGUACAGACCUCUAUCCAGGAGAGUUUGACACUGUCCAGAGCCCCUCAACACCAAUCAAGGAUCUUGAUGAAAGGACAUGUAGGAGUUCUGGGACAAAAUCAAGGGGUAGAGGGCGCAAAAAUAACCCAUCACCCCCUCCUGACAGUGACUUGGAGCGUGUAUUUGUUUGGGAUUUGGAUGAAACUAUCAUCGUCUUCCAUUCUCUUCUUACAGGCUCUUAUGCACAAAAAUAUGGGAAGGAUCCACCCGUUGCAGUGACUCUUGGACUUCGGAUGGAAGAAAUGAUUUUUAAUCUUGCUGAUACGCAUUUGUUUUUUAAUGAUUUGGAGGAAUGUGAUCAAGUGCAUAUAGAUGAUGUUUCUUCAGAUGACAAUGGACAAGACCUAAGUACCUACAGUUUUGCAACUGAUGGCUUCCAUGCAGCUGCAAGUAGUGCAAACCUUUGUCUGCCAACAGGUGUAAGAGGAGGAGUUGACUGGAUGAGGAAGCUGGCAUUCCGUUACAGAAGAGUAAAAGAAUUAUAUAAUACUUAUAAGAAUAAUAUUGGAGGACUACUUGGUCCUGCAAAAAGAGAUGCAUGGCUACAAUUAAGAGCAGAGAUUGAAGCUCUCACUGACUCCUGGCUGACAAAUGCACUUAAAUCAUUAUCAAUUAUUAGUACAAGGAGUAAUUGUGUAAAUGUCUUGGUAACAACAACCCAACUUAUACCUGCCCUUGCAAAAGUCCUGCUGUAUAGUUUAGGAGGUGCUUUUCCUAUUGAAAAUAUUUACAGUGCAACUAAAAUAGGAAAAGAAAGUUGCUUUGAACGAAUAAUGCAAAGGUUUGGCAGAAAAGUAGUAUAUGUUGUAAUUGGGGAUGGUGUAGAAGAAGAACAGGCAGCAAAAAAGCACAACAUGCCUUUCUGGAGGAUAUCUAGUCACUCGGACCUCCUGGCUCUACACCAAGCUCUGGAAUUAGAGUAUUUGUAACUGUUGUCACAUAGCUGACAAAUUCCUUUUAUAUUUCAAGUACACUGAAUCUUUUAUGUGUGAUCCGAUGCCUCUGGCUUUACACAUAUGUAUGGUCUUAAGAAGGAAAAGCAAUAUUUGGGAUGAAAAUUCCAUGUGAAGAAUUCAGAUUACUGAAUGGAGUUACAGCUUUAAUUCUACACAAGAAUUCUCUAUAUGGUCUUAUAUAUACAGGAUUUUGGAUGAUUAAAGAACCAUAAAAGGAGGUUGCUGGUACACACCAAAUGAGCCCUAGCCAGAGUGAAUAACUUUUGCAAUGGACUUAGACUGGGAAAGCAGUGAUAUGUAUUUUCUGAUCGUCAACGGUGGUGUUCAACAACAUUCCUCAAUAUGGGAUAUAUUCUCAGCACUGAGGUUUGAAUCAAACUUUAGUCUAACUAACUAACCUAGAAAAUCUGAAUUGGAAUGCACUCAGACUGUACAAUGACAAUCCUGUCUAGAUAUGUAAAAUGUGUAAAUUAUUGGUGAAAAUAAUUUACUGUGACUUUAUUAGCAGUUGACUUUGAAAGUGGAUGCAAUUUAUUUCCUUUGUUUUGGAGGUGUAUGGGAUGGGGCUACAUAAUAAUAAUUAUUGUCUCUUUUAUAAGUUUGGAAAACAGAAUGUGCAUAAUGAUGUGUUGUGCCUUAAAAGACAAGAUCUUGUUUGUGUGUUACAAUGGUUUAACAUUGGUUUAAGAUUAUGUAGUUAAACAAUAAAUCUUUGUGAUAAUUUUUGACAUGACCAAAUUUCAAAUUCUAAUAAUCAGAGAGCACUGCAGCAUUAAAGACACUCAAGUAUUUUGUUGCAGUAAAAAAAGAACAGUACAAUAAUGUAAAUUUAGUGUUUUAUUUAGUUUCUUAAUAAUUCCAUUGUAGGAGGCAAGUAAAUUAAGAGAGUGUCAAGAACCUGGAAUUAUAGUAGGCACCAUGGUAGUGGGAAAAAAAUUAAUAGUUGGUUAUGUGGGAUCUUUUUCUCCAUUUUUGACUUGAAAGAAAACAACAACAAAUGUAUUUAUGAAUUACUUGCACAGCAAUAGAUUUGAUUUUAUUAAACAGAAUCAACUGACCUAGUUUCAAAUUAUGAGUUCACACAAUUACAUGCAACAAAUUACACAUAAAGUUGCCUGGGUACUGUCCAAAGGUAUUCUCAGAAUUAACAAACCAAAGAAGGCUGAUUCAAAAAUGCAAGGAGAGUACUUCCAUUUAAUUUAGUAUCAGAUUAAGCAAAAUAAAAGUCUCAGAGAAGCUGAAUAAUAAUUACUCCACAGUGAAAAACUAAAACAGGAAUACUAAGCUCUUAAAAUUAAAAUGCCAAUGGAACCAAAAUUUAAUCUUCAGAUUUUUUUAUUAUAUGCUAUCAGUUAUUGUUCUCUGGUUCUUUCAAUCCAUGAGUUACUACCGUAUCCAAUUUAUUUAAACCUUUUCCAGCUGGCUUUGAGCAAUGCCAAGGGGGAGGAUUAAUAUGUGUAUCAGUAGUGGUUUCUUGCCUUCCCCCUCUUCCUGGCUACCUCUUGCUCCCACAUGCACUAUAAUGUGCUUGCCACGAAGUGUUACAGUUUAUUUGCAUUACUUGUGCGCUCUACAUAACCAUUUAGUUAUUCUUCCAUUUUGCCAGAAAUCCAGCUUGUUUACUCAAGGUAUGCAUAAUCAUAGCAUGUACACAGAUGGUUUUAGGAGGCUGGUAUAUAAGAUAGCAUACCAGUUACGGAUUUCUCUGCCAAGGGCGGCUGAAACUAGCACCAUCCCUAAUUCCUGUUAGGUGAGCAGUUAACAGGUUUUAUUCCUUGUAGCUUUAGCACUUAAUUAGAGAUCAAAUGUUUUGACUGUGGUAUCCUUGAUGUGGAUAUUCUUUUACUUAAAAUUUAUUUAAAUGGAAAUUUGUCUCAUAAACUGCUUUGGUGUCUGUUGUUUGGUGGGAAAAGCAGUUAAGAAUUUUUUAAAAAAUUGCAAGUAAAUAUCAAUCUUGCCAGUCUUUUUCUCCUUUCUGGGGCUCUACACAUAUGUUUUUCUUAUAGACCAAAACAUCUUGUGGGCUAAAUACAGAACGAUGAGGAUAAUGAGACUAGAUAAGCUAUGCGAGAACUGUGUAGUAGCUAAUUCCUUCUGCAUACUUAGUUGAAGAUCUGAUGGUUAGGGGAGUGCAUGAGGCUGCUUUUAUGGCUCCUUGUUCAGAGAGCUUUUCCCCACAAUUUCUGAUACAAGUAAUUAUUUCCAGUAGCAUAUUGCAGGAGAGAGCAAAGUGCAAGGAAGUCAACAUGUAGCUGUCCAAGUCUGUUUCUAAGUCCCAGACUGCUCUGGCCCACCUCUUUUCUCCAUCAAAAAUGCUGAAUUAUCUUUCUGUUUGGCACCUCUAGAAGCAGAUAAUCACCUUUUAAAUAGUUUGCAGCCAAUCCCUUAUCCUUGCAAUGCUUAACAUUAAAAGUGCAAUUUUAAAAACUAGAAUCUCCAUUUUAGGAUUGGACAAGUUUGUCUUUCUCAUUUUUAGCAGCUUAGACAUUAGGUCCCAGACCUGCAGAGUUAUUUCUGGUAUCUGUUGAGAUGUAUGCAGUCCCAUCAUGCAGUGGACAAGUAUGCUUUUUGUGGUUAAUUGAAGAAAUGGCACUUCUUCAGAGAUAAAACUGUGCAUGUAGAAUUUUGUAUUACAUGAUAGCCAGUUCAAAAUGUACUGCGGAAUAUAACCUUUCACAUUGCCCAGUUUGUAAUUUGCAAAAUAUUACCAUUACUGAAGUGUUAAUUGCUUCCCCUUUUCCCUAAGAUAUAGCAAAAGAGCUUGGAGGUGACUAAAUUCAAUUGUGAUUCAUUGUGAUUGUACAACCUACACUGACUGCAAUAUUGUACAGUGAAAUCUCUGCAUGUUUAUUAGGAAGUUUCACUGUAACUAACAGGAAAGUCUGCGUAGAACUGCAAACUAUAUUUUUCCUUUCUCUUCUGUUCUGCAUUCAGAAAAUUCACACAAAUUCAAGAGAGAAUCUUUGUGUUCCUCUUAUGUGGGUGAAUUCAUUGUGUUUAUACAGCAAAACUUCAAUAAACACUCCAAAUACAGA